AUGACCAUCUUCAAUCUGGUCACAUUUCCAAACGUGUGUCGGGCGUGCUUACAACCCACCCCUUCCGAGGAGAUGGUAGCACUCGAUCGAUCGAUCGAUCGUGAGGAGUUUCAGGAGAGCAUUGGAGCGUUUCUGCAGCAAAUUACGUUCACCAUUCCACCGGAACUUGAUCGUUAUCUCCCGACCAGCGUUUGCAUCGAGUGCAUGGAAGUGAUGGAGUUUUUCUUCAAAUAUCGCCGAAAGAUGAUGUACCUGCACGAAUUCAUGGCCGCGCUCGUUGCGGUGAAGCUCGGUGAUAAAACCCGCAUGGUGGACCUUUUCGAAAGCCGUGUGGAACAGCUAAACAUACUUUUAAGCGAUCUGGGACUUUGUAAUAAGGAAAACGCGUCCGUUGAUGACUUGCUUGCAGAGUUCGAUCAGUACAUGCUGGCUGCGGUACCGGUGGACGAUGACUGCUAUCAACCAGAAGGAGGAGAGGAGAGCUUAGUGCCUGUUGCAAAAGUGGACAAAAUACUCCAGAUAGAGAUAAACGAAAAAGGUUUCCACAGAACUACAUCGCAAACGGAGGAGGAUAGUGAUACUUUGGUGCUAGGGGAAGAAUAUGAAGACGAGGAGAAUGAACCAUCCGAUGCGGCUUGCAGUGAAUCACAACUUUCGGACGAACAGGAUCAAGUCGAUCAUUUUAGGCGGAAUCGCUCAAAACGUACAAGAACUUCGCUUCAAGCUGAUCGUCUUCACUGUGACAAGUGUUCCUAUAAAACCAGGUUCACGGUGGCCUUCCAACUGCACUGCGAGAAGCACAAAAGAAACGAGAGUAACCCAAGCGGCGGAUACGAGUGUCCGUUUCCGUACUGUUUGCAGUGGUUUAGAACGAUGCUUCAGUUCGCGCAACACAAGAAAAAGAACAAUCACAACCUGUUCGUUUGUGAAUUUUGUGGCGUUCAACUGACGCGGCGCGCCACCUAUGACGUUCAUCUGGAACGACAUUCCGGUAUGACACAGUUGACGUGCAGAUACUGUUCUUCCUCGUUUCACACUCAGACGGAACGCAAUAACCACGAGCGGUCUAUUCACCUGAACCUGGAUCGCGAGCAGUGCGAUCAGUGCGCCGCCUGCUUUAGUAGCAAAAAGUUACUGCAGCAACAUCUCUUUUCACACGGAUCCGAGCGGAAGUACCAGUGCGAUCAAUGUGAGCGCGCUUUUAAGACGGCCAAUCAUCGCUACAGACACGUGAAAAUGGUGCACGAAGGUACACGGCUCAGCUGCGAGUACUGUGGGAAACAGUACGGUCGCAAGGAUAGGAUGCGUUUGCACAUUGAGAAAAAACAUAUGAUACAAACGUAUUUCGUGUGCGACAUUUGCGUACGAUCGUUUGAGACGGACGAGGCACUACAGGAACACCGGGAAUAUCACGCCAAUCCGAAGCACCUCGAGUGCGGGGUAUGCUUGGUCGCUUUUGUUUCCCCGGAGGAGUACGACAACCACGUGUGCAUCACCUACCAGGACAAUUAUGAGUGCUGUGGGCGUACAUUUCAGCAUCACCGACUUUUUAACACACACAUGGAAAGGGUACAUGGCGUCAAGGUGAACGCUAGGGUGAAACCGAAGCCAAACCUACUAACCGGUCAGGAGCGGGCCAUUCGAAUUGCGAAUAAAAAAUCACUUCCUAGCUGCACGAUGUGUGGCCACGUUGAUCGAACGGAGGCCGAGAAGAAGCAACACAUUUGUUACGUUGAGGAAUACUGCACUCCAGAGAUGUCCAGAGAAUUUUCUCCGGACCAUCGAUGAACAACUUCUCACACAACAACUAUUUCAAUAGCUAAAUUUUAAUAGGUCCUUACAAUAAAAAUUGUAUAGAAUAAUGUGCA